GCGUGGGCGGACGGGGGAGGGUAUCUAAGAGACGGGGACUGACGUCGCCCGCAGUGCGGGGAGCCGGCCGGGUAGCAACAGGAGGAGGCUGGCGCCGUUCGAGGGCCCGACCAUCAGCUGAUGCCGGGGAGCCAGUCAAGGGAGCCCGCGGGCGAAAGGGCGGGGCCGCGCCCACGUCACUGCCGCGGCCGACGUCAGCGCCGCUUGCCGCUUGCCGCAGCCGCAGGACCGCUGUGGUGCAGUCGGGUGCAGGUCUCUGCAGGAGCCAGCCUAGACCUCCGCGCUUCUCGAACAUGGCCGACUCGGAGAACCAGGGCCCUGCGGAGCCAAGCCAGGCGGCGGCGGCAGCAGCGGAGGCGGCCGCGGCGGCAGAGGAGGUAAUGGCGGAAGGCGGUGCGCAGGGGGGCGAUUCUGACAGCGCGGCCGGCGACUCCGACGGCGCGGCCGGUCAGACGGCGGAGGAGCCCCAGACCCCUGCAGAGAAUGCACCAAAGCCUAGGAAUGACUUUAUCGAGAGCCUGCCUAACUCGGUGAAAUGCCGAGUCCUGGCCCUCAAAAAGCUGCAGAAGCGAUGCGAUAAGAUAGAAGCCAAAUUUGAUAAGGAAUUUCAGGCUCUGGAGAAAAAGUAUAACGACAUCUAUAAGCCCUUACUUGCCAAGAUCCAGGAGCUCACCGGUGAGAUGGAGGGGUGUGCAUGGACCUUAGAGGGCGAGGAGGAUGAAGACGAUGAUGAAGAGUAUGAGGAUGAGGAGGAGGGUGAGGAGGAGGAGGAAGAGGAGGAAGAGCCUGCGGCAGAGGCUGCGGCGGAGGCGGCAGCUGCCGCCAAAGAUGAGGGUCCCCACUCCGCAGCGCCUGAUGACGCCAAGUAAGCGGGGGCAGAGAUUGCAGAGGAGAAUGACGACGCAGAUAACGCCCCCCUCUUUCUUUUUCUUUUUUAAUACUGGUGGACUUGAAAAGGCUCAGGUUUUGGACCAAAAUAACAACGUGAAUCAAUUCUGACAUUCCUAAAAUAAUAAUAAAAUCGAAGCAAUCUGAUUUUGGCGAGCCCGUUUCAAAUUUGAUUUGCAAUUUGAACACAGUAAAUGUAUCAAAAAGGUGUUGAAAACGAGUUAAAUUUAAAAUGAUUUUUUCAUGAUCUCUUCUGCGAGGACUGGAGAUGAGACUUACUAAGGGUGUCAAGUAGAUGUGAAGUAAAGAACGUCACUUUGAAACCCUUUCAUCACAUUAUCAUUACACUACGCACGGAACACCUAAGCCAGGACCGAACAUUUUCUCAAUGCUUGAUUCUUCAAUUUCUUUAAUCAUGCAGUUUUCAGCGCAGAAGAAGGUGAACCCAUGACAAAUCUCAAAUCUCAUCUUUAAGACUUUGCUUUUGUAACCCAGACAUCAGCUUUACACUUCAGAGAAGAGUGAUGGAAUGGAGGGAGCCGGUGCUGGAGAUCAUGACAGUACUGUUAAUGAGGUCCAGAAAACUGCCACUUCAAAUUAUAAAGACUGUUCUGACUAUUUGAAUUUAGAGAAACAGCAUGGUUCUGAGAAGGAGGGUGUAUAACCUGUACAAUAUUGUCACCAUAUGUGUUCAUUAUUUACAGUCUCGUGUUUCUGUGUUUUCUUGGUAGUGUCUACAAAGGUAUAAAAAAACCCCAAAUGUUUAAGUUUAAAUCCCUUUACCUAGUAUUUUAGAAAUAUUAAUUUACAUGAAAAGAUGUAGAAUCUAGUAAAUUCUGUAAAGCAUGUGUAUCCAAUGUUAUGUACUUUGAUCCUUGUGACGUCUUUCUGUCUUGUAGCUUUUAGAAUGUAGCUGUGAAAAUCAUCAGAACUCUUCACUGAAGCUAAUGUUUGGAAAAAAUAUAUACUUGAAGAACCAAUCCAACUGUGUGUCCCCACCCCCAGUUCAGAAGUAGAAAGGAUUUAAGUUUGCUUGUGUUAGCUGUGCCUUCAUUAUUUUGCUAUGUAAAUGUGACAUAUUAAAUAUAAAAUGGUGCAUAAUCAGAUUUUACUGCUUGAGAACAGAAUGGCCUACAGAAAAAGAAUUUUUAGGAGGACACAUUUAACGUAAAGACUCUUUGCUUCUUUGUGGGUUUUGAAUUGUGUGACUCAGUGAUCUAUAAAGAAAUAUAAGCAUAAAGUUGUUUACCACUGUGGUGUUAAUAAAAUAGUAUUUUCAAAAAACAAAA